CACAUGAUCUCAGAUUGCCGGUAAUCGGUAUUCAGUUGACUGUACAAGUAAUUUCUUAACGACAUAUUUUGUCGUUAUAUGUGUAUAGUUUUAUUGUUGCUAUAUUAAAGUAAUAUGUCUCACUUCAAAUUGAUUUCUUCAAUAAAAGCGUCUGAUGUAAUUCCUGUUAAUAAAUAUGUAUCCGAUAGAACUGGGUUAACGGUAAUAAUAGCAAACGUCGAGGGUCCCCUGGUCAAAGGGUUUUUUUGCCUUGCAACGGAAGCUCAUGAUGACGACGGUUUGCCGCAUACAUUAGAACAUCUUAUCUUCUUAGGCUCAAAACGCUACCCCUACAAGGGUAUCCUAGAUUUAUUGGCCAAUCGUUGCAUGGCACACGGCACCAAUGCUUGGACUGACAUUGAUCACACCUGUUAUACCAUUCACACUGCUGGAGAUGCUGGGAUGUUAACUUUACUGCCUAUCUACCUCGAUCAUAUCCUAAGACCUACACUCACUGACCAAGGUUUUACAACUGAGGUCCACCAUAUUGAUGGUGAUGGAGAAGAUGCAGGUGUUGUGUAUUGUGAAAUGCAAGGACGAGAAAAUACAGCUGAUUGCAGGUGUGAGUUGAGCUUACAACGUGCAAUGUAUCCUAAUAGUGGAUACUCAUCGGAGACAGGUGGAAUAAUGAAAAAUCUUAGAACUUCUACCAACAAUACUAAAGUACGAGAUUUCCACAAGAAGUUCUAUAGAGCAGAAAAUUUGACGAUUAUUCUAACAGGCCAAAUUGAAGCUGAAGAUGUUUUCAAGGCACUUGCUAUUGUGGAGGAUGACAUCAUGAUGGAUCUUAAAGAAUCGGGAAGGAAGGAGCCUCAAGAAGACUGGAUUAAACCAUGGCAAACUAUUCCUCCUCCACCAAACUAUGGAGAACGAAGGGAGCACUGGCCCGCUGAUACUGAAGAUUGUGGACAGGUGCUGUUCGGCUGGCGCGGGCCGCUGCUGACGGAGGCGACUGCGCUGACGGAGCUGACGGGCUGCGCGGUGCUGCUGCGCUACCUGUGCGACACGGCCGCCGCGCCGCUGCAGCGCCGCCUCGUGGAGCGCGAGGACGCGCUGGCCGGAGACGUUUCCUACAAUCUAACUGAAAACAUCGCGCCAUUAAUUAAAAUCGAGUUGGACAAUGUUCCGAUGGAUAAGUUGGAAGCCGCUCGAGACGAAGCUCGUGAAUGUCUAAAGAGUGUAAUCUCUGGUGAGGAAGCUAUUGAUAUGGAUCGCAUGAAGCGACUCAUAAGAAAGCAGCUGAGAGAGACCAUGGCCAGUUUAGAGUCCGAUCCACACCAUGCGAUCGCUUUCAGAUGUAUUGGUGAUGCUUUAUAUUCACAGAAUGAGAAAGACUUUGUGUCCCGUAUGAAUCCGCAACAAACACUACAUGAAUUACUGACAGAAAACGUAGAUUAUUGGUUGGGACUUUUGAUGAAGUACUUUUCUGGUGAUUUAGUCACAAUCAUCGGAUCGCCUAGUAUUGCAUUGCAAGCUAAAAUGGCAGAAGAAGAAAAGAAGAGAAUAGAAGAACAAAGAGCUAAAUUAGGUGAAAGUGGAUUAGCAGAAAAGGCUAAACAACUGGAGGAAGCUAUGGAAUUUAACGAGCGCGCCCCCCCCGCCGGCACGCUGGCGGCGGUGCCCGUGCCGUCGUGCGACGCGCUGCGCUGCCACCACAUCCGCUCGUGGAGCAGCGGCGCCGAGCCCUGCCCCUACUUCGACCUGAAGCAGGUGCCGCUUUACGCGAGGGUUCACAGCCUGAACACCAAUUUCGUAUAUAUAAACAUAAUCCUCGAUACCACGAAAGUGGAUCAAACUACACGCAAGUGGCUUCCUCUCCUCCUCAAUGCGCUGGCCGAGUGUCCGGUGUGGCGCGGUGAUGAACUGAUAUCACACGAGGAAGUUAUCUCGACCACGGAACAGUUGACAGUGACAUUCUCUAAUGAUAUCGGGUUCGGUCGUCCCGGUAACUUUGCAGUGGGACAGUUUGGCAACUUUGUUCACAUCGAAACAAGGUGUGAACCAGAAGAUUACGAAGAAGUUGUUAAUCAUCUUUAUGAAGUCUUAUACGCAGCUGAAAUAACUAAGGAAAGACUAUUAGUAUUCACUCAAAGAUUGCUCAAUGAUGUAUCGCAGGUAAGAAGAAAUGGUCACAAAAUGGUAUAUGACAUUCUACGAGACUCGCUUUACUCAAAAGACAGUAAUGUCCACUGGAGUUCUGUACUCCGGCAACAGAAAUUCCUCAAAGAACUCAUAGAGCAGCUAAACGCGGGCGGCGACUCGGCUGAAGCGGCGCUGAAUGAAGCGAAGCGAACGUUCAAGAAUAUCACAGAGAGUGCAUGGUUACAUCUCGCUACCGACUUCGAACGGUACAAGAUUAGUGUGGAACCUUGGAAAAGAUUUGCGAGAGAGAACGAAAUCACUCCUCUCAAGCCUAAUCUGUACAUGGACGCAGAGCUGAUGAACGGGUGGGGUGGUGGCAUGGUGGUCGGAGUGGGCGGCUUAGAGUCUUCGUUCGUGGUGCAGCUGAGUCCCGGCCCGCUGGGCUACGCCCUGUCCGACGCCGCGCCGCUGGCCGUCGCUCUCAACUACUUCACACAGCUGGAGGGUCCGAUGUGGCGAUUGAUACGCGGAUGUGGACUUUCAUAUGGCUAUAGCAUCCGUCCAUCACCGAACGAGGGGCGCCUUGCCUUUACGCUGUAUCGUGCUACCAAUGCUGUGGCAGCCUACACAAAAGCUAAAGCCAUAGUGGAGGAAUAUUUAGAAGAAGGUGUGUUCGACAAAGAUCUAUUCGAAUCGGCUAAAAGUACAGCGCUGUUCGAGGUGGUGGAGAACGAAAAGUGUCCCGCCGACGUCGUCAGUCAAUCUCUCUUCAACUAUAUCAAACAAGCGGGAGAAACAUAUAACAGAGAGCUGGUGCGCGCGAUCGCGGCCGUGACGGCCGAGGCGGCGCACGCGGCGGCGCGGCGCUGGCUGAGCGCGCUGUUCGCGGCCGACAGCAAGCUGGCCAUCGUGUGCCAUCCCAGCAAGGUCGCCGACGUGCAGGCCGCCUUCCGGAAAAUAAAUGUGCAAUUGGAUGUGUUCGAGUCUAUGGAAGCAUCACAUUUCAACAAAUAGCAGUAUAUGAUAAGCUAACUUACAGACUUUUAAAAUACACUUUGUAUUAUUUUUUGCAUUUACUGUAAGUUACACAGUAUUUUAAUCUCAUGAUUAAUAUAAAGAUUUAUGUAAUGUUUGUAUUAUACAUAUAUAUAUUGACUGCCUCGUUGCUCUAGUAGCUACAUGUAAGGCCACAGAGCCAAUAAAAAGUUAUUCGAGUUUUUCUGUCGAAAAUUCUCAGUAGCAGCCCAAAGUCUGGUAGUUGGAAGUGUGUACACUCCCGUGCCUCGGAAAGCAUGUGCCGUUGGUCCUGUGCCUAAACUCUUUCCGGUCGUGUCGGAUUGCCGUCCCAUCGGAUUAAGAGAGUUAGGUAAUAGAGAGUGCACCUGUGUUCGUACACACACUUGUGCACUGUAAUAUAUCCUGCGACAGAAAUCGGUCUGAAGGACAUAUAUAUUAUAUGACUUAAAACUGCUUGGCUGUGCCUAACCAUAUUUAGCUAAUUAAGGUGUGGAUAUACGCGAGAUGACUUCAUUUGAGUUACAAAUAUAUGAUUAUCUAAAGCAUAGCAUAUAGCAUUUACUCUUGUCUUUAAAUAAUUAAAUUUUUUUAAUCAAUUGUAAUAAAACGCAGAGAUAUGGAAUGUAACCCAAUGUAAUAUUUACCUUUUUUCUCUUACAUGCCAUAGUUUAUUAUAGAUAAAAAUAUUUAGUCAUAUUUGAUUUAUGAGACAUUGUGCUGAAAAAUACUAAAAGCUGUGGUACUCCUGUUCGCAAACACAGCGCACAGGAGUUGCGAGGUCUGCGCAGGGCAAGUUCAAUGACGUAUAUCCGCGUCUUAAAUAUUGUGUAAACGUGAAUAUCAUGCCAUGGGGCAUAGAAUUAAUUAUAUUGUAAUAUCCAUAUUUUUUAUUUUCGUGAGAAUAAAAAUAAAUAAAACAAAUGUCGA